CUCGAUAUUUUAAUUAUGAAACAUAUCGCUGAACGCGGCGAAUUCAAGCACAAUUAAGAACGGAAAGUGUACGAAGACACACACAGCGUUUGGAUUACGGUUAACGUAGCGCGAGUGAAACAAGUGAAAUUUCAGUCUAACAAAUUAGACUUUUUCACACAUUUUCAAGGCAGUGUUGAAUAUUAGAAAUAUAAAAAAAUUGCAAAUAGUAAAAGAGACAAAGUAGUGAUAAAACGGCACCUUGAAAAAGGCAGCUGGUAUAAGAAACUGUAAUAAACUGUAAACAUUUUUUAUAUUGUGUUGUAAUACUAAAGUGUCAAAGCAUACUAAAUAGCUACGUGCUAUUAAUUAUUAAGUUCAUUAACGUUCUACAAAAACAGAAAAAACACAAUAAAAUGCAUAUAACGCUGAGAAUACUAUUGCCCACACUCCUGAUUUGUGGUGCGGUGGCGAAGAGUCAUGCCUAUUGUUCGCUGGAAAAAAUGAAGAUGUUUGCGAUGGAGGCGUGCGAGCACUUAUUCCAGCAAGAUGAGGGCAGAGAAAAGCGUUCGCUGCCCAUACCAUAUGAACACAAUUACAUACGUCACAAUGAAUAUCCCAAAUUAAAUGAUAAACGUCACUUCAUCAGUCGCAGCUUAUAUCCACAUGGUGGCUAUUUGAAAGUGGGCCAAGAGCAUUUCAAAAUUCUGAGUAAAGUCGAUGUCUUUCCACGUUACAAGCCGAAGAAGUUGCAUCACGACAAGAAGGAACGCUACAAGCGUGAACAUGCGCUUAGCUACAACAACAUACCGUAUUGUUGUUACAACAAAUGUGAAGAGGACUUCUUCUGCUAAGCUCCCAUGCUUUACUUAUGAGCAUAUGUUCGUCUUGCCGAUAGCAAUCACAGUUAACCAGCCAGCUGCGCCGACAAACAACAUUCCAGCCAAUAGCGUAUAUUUUUAAAUUUUAUAACUGUAAAUAUUGUUUAGGUUUAGUUUAAAUAAUUAGUCGUUAGGAAUAUCCGACUAGCGCGGCAGAGCGCACAAUGCACCAUGUGUACCUUAUUAAAUAAUAUUUAUUAAAUAGUUUUUAUAAAAAGCAUACAUAUUUAAAUAUAAUUAUAGUUAUUUAUUUAGUUUCUAUAAUUAUAUAAAAAUUAUAUAAAUUCUAUAAAAAUAUCUAAAUGAGAAUAUGUAUGUAUAUAUCAUUAAAAAAACAACAACAACCAUCAUUAUAUUAAAAAAUGUUUAUAUAUAUAAAUGUGUACGGUUAUGUAUUUAUAAACAUAAAAAUAUGCGCACAGAAAUUAUAAUCUUCAUUUUAUUCAUCAGUCAGUAUUAGCAGUUAGCAUUGCGAAUUCAUAAUAUUAAAAAUGCAUAAUUAUAUUUAAAACACACAACACAGACUCAUCAAGUUAGUACUUACUUGUUAUGUAUUUUUAUAUGUGAAUAAAGAAUAUAUAUAAAACAUA